AUGGAGCCUGCGGGAGGGACGAGCUCCGACCCAGCCCAGCGGCUGCUGUGGCAGCACGGCUGUAGAGCCGGAUCCUGGGGAGCUGGAAGGUGUGAAGGUGCUCACACCCGGCGCUCUGCUCCCUUUCUCCCGCUGCCCCGCCCGUGUCCGGCCCCGGAGGGACCCGGCAGCUCCGCGGGCCUCCCCUCAUCCUCCUCCUCCUCCUCUUCAUCCUCCUCCUGCUGCUGCUGCAUCCGCCGGACCGGGCAGGUCACCUGUGCACCCGCGGAGCCUCAGGUACGGCCAGCGUCGGCGCUGCUCCUGGCGGUAUGGAGAAGUACAGCUCGGGUGGAUGCUCUCCAGAAAACAGCAACUCACUUGAGGUGUGUGCUGGGCACAGAUUUAAGCAGCGAGGACUUCAUGAAGAAACUGGACACAAACAGCAGAACAGGAGCCUCCCAAAGCACUCCAAGGCUGAAGUCUACUAAAUAUUUUUACUAUAGGAAUAUUUUAUUCCUACAGACCUUAGAAGCACCUUGGGUUUCUUAUAUUCCUGCAAAACAAAAGCCUAAUGGUAUUGUUCCAUCCAUCAACACUGCCAAAAUACACAAAUUAAAAACUUUCCUGCUUGGCUCCUGUGACAGCGCCAGCUCAAAGUGA